UAUCUUACAAAGCUGUAUACAUAGUUGCAUGUCUGUCUCGACUCGAAGCAAUCUUAGAAGCAACAAGAUGAAAAACUCACAUGUUCAACGAAAUUAAGGACAUGUCAGAAACUUGCAACUGGCAAUGACAUAAACUUAUAACGUCAGUCUGACAGACUAGGGUACCUACGUGAAAUAGAUAUUAAGAAAGCAUGGAAAACUUUGUCCUGUAUGAGGAACUUGGAAAGGGAGACCACUCCGUUAUUUACAAAGGACGACGCAAAGGCACCAUCAACUUUGUUGCAAUACAUUGUAUUGAUAAAUGUAAAAGGGCCGAAGUUACGAAUACGGUUCGUAUGACCCAUGACAUUAACCAUGAGCAUGUUGUCAAGUUCUACGAGUGGUAUGAGACUUGCAACCACCUGUGGCUGGUUGUGGAGCUGUGUACAGGGGGCAGUCUAAAGACACUCAUUGUACAGGAUGGCAACCUCCCCGAGAGCUCUGUCCGCACAUUUGGCGUCCACCUCGUCAUCGGGCUGCACUACAUUCACUCUCUGGGAAUUCUCUUUCAUGAUCUCCGACCAUCAAAGAUCCUGCUGGACACGUCUGGGAUCCUAAAGUAUGCUGACUUUGGACUGUCCAAGAUCGAGGGUGAGAACCUUCAUGAACUGUUCCUUAAGUUCUCCGAUGCCGGCGAGCAGUGGAACUCGGAGACUUUUGAAGAUGAUUUGAAGAAAAUCAAGACAACUGGUAGCGUCACCUAUAUGGCCCCUGAAGUGAUAGAUGGAGCUGAACCAACUGUACUCAGUGACCUCUGGGCUCUUGGAUGCGUCUUCUACGAGAUGUUCACUGGUCAUCCGCCAUUUCUUGCCGAUUCUGAAGAACAACUAAAGGAAAAGAUAAUGAACAAAGAUUUUCCUCCACCGAGAGUGAAAGGAAGCAGAUUUUCAGGAAUUGCCUCCCCUGAUUUCUUGAGUAUUUUGGAGGGUUUGCUGUUAAAGGACCACAUGAUGAGACUUGGGUGGCAAGGCCUGGUGAACCACUCGUUCUGGCAGGGUGAGUUGUCUCACCUGGCGAAGGAGUUCACGGUGAACCAGGACAUGGGGGACAGUGUGGUAGAAUCCACCAGUCGGAGCAGCGUCUUCGACAUCCGUGGAGGUUCCUCCCUCGGCAGAAUCAAGGGUGUGGAUCCUCGUAAGAGCAUAGCAUCAAAUCUGGACCAAUUUGAUGCUACUAACAGGCCAGGAUCUACACUUGGUGACUAUAUGCGGCCUAAGACAGCCCCAGGAGAUGACGGCGGUGGCAGCCUCUUCACACUCAGUGCUCGUCCUCACACUGCCGUCCCGCCUGAGGACCGACUUGUCCUGAACACCAACUCAAAUGACCAGGACGAGACUGACGGGACCCAGAUUCAGAAACUCAUCUACCACACAUCCGACUUUACUGUCUCCCCCAUUGUAGAUAACCACAAGAUCCAGAAACCUACCUCUGUAAAGUAUGACACCAAGAUCCUGCCAGUUCCACCAUAUAGUGUAGAGAAGUUGUCCUCAAUGUCUGAGAAGGACCUGAUGAAACAUAUACGGCAGAUCCUGGACAAUGUGGCGAUGUCGGAGAAAGGUCCCCCCUCCCAGAAGCGCAUCCAUCUGCUGCACUACCUGGUGCAGGUGACGACCACGCCCUUCAUGGCCUCCCUCCUGCUGCACAACAACGCCAUCGCCAUCAUGGGGAGACAACUCAAGGAGACACAGCACAUUGAAGUGCGACAGAAGCUAGCUCGGGUGAUGGCUCUCAUUGCUUUACAUGGGGAAGCUCUGGAUGAAAACUUGAACAUGUCUGAGGCACUGACAGCUUUGACUGAGAUUAUCCGAGAGCAUGUGAAGAAUGACAAGAUGAAGCAAGGCCUGCUCCCAGCUCUGGGGGAAAUACUCUUCCUUGUGGCUAAACAGGAGCAGGACAAGGGAGUGACAUAUGACAGCUGGUCUGUGCCCUCCAUGACCUACACAGUGAUAGCGCGGUGCUGCCGAGAUGGGGAAGACCCUGUCGUGAACCACAUGGCAGCCAAGAUUGUGGAGAAUGUGGCAUCCACUAAAGGCCAGCAUGCUCAGAAAUUUGUCAGCAAUGAGAUGGCCCAGUCUCUGUGGUACCUGUUCAAACAUUCUACAAUGGACUCGUUGAGGUGCACUGCGUUGUCAGCACUGUGUAGACUCACCUGGCACAAGGCGUCAGUGUUUCAGAAUGUGAUCGACACAGUUGGCCUAUCUAACAUCCUGGGUGCCCUGACACUGGGCAUCUCACGGCUACAGCAGGCAGUGGUCACCAUGUUCGGUGCCCUUCUCUCCAGCGCGUCGCACCAGUCACGACUAACCCAGGACAAGGAUUUCCUGCAAAAGAUGAUGCGUUUAUUUGAGAGUCCAUCCACUAUCAUCCGAGCUAAGGCUUUCUACGUGAUUUAUGAACUUGCCAGGACCAACUGGGACAUGCUGCUCAGUAGCUGUCAGGCCAGACUUGUGAUGUAUAUAGAAAGAGACAGUCGGCGUCAAACACCAAGAGAUCACAGCACCGAGAACCAGGAGGCCGCAUCCUAUCUCUCACAGUGUCUGGAUAUGCUCAUCUGUCUGCUGGUUGAUACUGUGCCCAAAAUAUUUGAGAAGAUCCUGUCUGCAUUACAAGACAUCUCGGGCAGGAAGCACCCGUCAACCGUCCAAGUGCGAGAACUCAAGUCUGCACUGCCCUUGCUACCAGUGUUCCUCCAUCUAGUCACUAGUCAGGUAUUCAGGAACCGUGUUGUCACAGACAAGUUCAUGAGUGACCUGUCCUCGCUGUUGAAGCACGUCCACAGCAUCGAGACCAAGGAGACCAACAUCGAGUCUGCAGCAGAGAAGAUGAAAGCUUCUAUCGGUGUGGGAGAGUUCGUCACUACAGUCAUGUCCAUCCUGGAAGGAGUAUCCCAGCAUCCCACACUACUCAUCGAACAUCAUCAGGUUGUCAUGGGAACCAUUCUUCCGACUCUAGCAGGUCUCAUCGGUACUCAGAAUGUUGACACGAGAGCGCUGUCCCUGCGUCUGCUGUCGGAAAUCGCUGCUGUGUAUCUGAGCCAGGAGCAGUAUGGGGAGGUGAAGGUCAACACCAAGCAGCUCCAUGUCAUCAUCUCCCAGCAUCUGCUUCCGCUGUGCGAGCAGAUCCUCCUGGAUGUGGACCCCCUGCCCAGCUACGGCCUGAAGCUGCUGCUGGCUCUCCUGGAGCAGAACUCCGCCUUCAUCAAGCAGUUUGAGGAGAAGGGGCUGGUGGCCGUCGUCUUCCAGGUGCUCAUGCAAAAUUGUCAGCUAGAAACGGGCCUUGAUCACCAGAACAACCCUCUGAGCAGUUUGAUGCAGAGCAUUGUGGGGAUCCUGAACUGUCUCCUGUCACACAAGGACACCGACGUGAAGGAGCUGUAUGACCAGGGUUUGGUGGACUACCUGUCAACGCUCUUCUUCGAUGUGUGGACUGUGUGUGUGGAGGGUUCGGAUGGCGGUCGUGACAUCAAGAUGGCCAAUGCUACAUUGCAGAUGUUGCUCGAUACACUGCACACCCUCUUCAAAUAUGUGUCGGAGGUUGUCCGGAGAGCACUACAGGCCAAGAAGAGUGGAGUAGAAGGUUCCGCCAUGGAUGCUGAGGCUGCGGAACAUCUGCUGCUGAGGAAUAAACCACUGACAGAACUGACGAGUCUCCUCACUCAGCUGUUGUGUUACGAGGACAUGGACAUCAAGGACCUGUCCAUCAAGUGCCUGUCUCUCAUCAUACAACUGUUUGGCGGAGACUACCGUGAUGCCCUGUCACCAGAAAACAUGGAGUGUUACAGUCAGGCACUGAAGAAAGCAGAUGCCAAGAAACAGAAGGUCCUGCUUCGUAUCAUCAAAAGACUGGUUAUGACUGAGAAGCAACACGCCGAGUCUGUGCGGGACCAUGGAGAGAUUCUGGUGGAGACGAUCCGCUCCCUGGCUCACACAGCAAGUUCCCACGCUGACAUGGCGCUGUCCACAGUUGCAGCGGAGAUCCUGAAAGCCACUGGUCAUCUCACAUGAAGAUAGUCACAUCCACGAUUGAAUUAAAACCCUGCUAUGCACACUGCUGAGAUCCUUGACACCUCAUGUUGUAACUACCAAGUCAUCACAGUUGUCGCUUCUGUUUGGGAACUGUGUGAUGGAUUCGGGAGCAUCAUCAGGGAGCUUGACACAAGAUUCUAGAUGGAGGCAGGAGUAUACAGUAUAUGCAUAUGUAUCUGUCGUGAUUUAUUUAGAGACUACUGGCAAACACAGACACGUUUACAUGCUAUGGCUGAGUGAGUAAAUGUGACUGUGAGACUAGAUACACUUCCGUGCAUGUGACAGUCACUUUUGCACAAGUAUCACUCCCGUGCAGCAUGAUUCAGUUUGCUAUCAUUUUAGAAGCACUGCCAUUUGUUGAGAGCGUCAUUCACCUAUUUUUCAGUCAGGGUAACAUUGUUUCCCGAAGCCUUCUCUGAUGUUCUUGAAGCUCCUGUACCUUCGUCAUGAUCACAGUUUGCUUCCUGUGUUACCAGUAUUUUGUGGGAGCAGUGUGCAGCGUGGUAAAUGCCACAUGUAGAUUGCAUGGACUGUCUGAAGAUAUAUUUGUGACCAAUGAGAGUGCAAAGAACAUAUGAUGUUUGAGUUUGAUUUCAAGUCAUGAAGCAAGCUUUAUCUGUGAACCACUAAACUAAAUAGUAAUUGUUACAUCAACACCUGAAACAGCAGGUGUGGGAUCCAUAGAUGAAAUGUUACUGAUGUAAAGAUGCACUGUGUUUAACAUCCUCCACCUACAUCAGUUUAGUCCUGUUUGGUGCCAAGGAGGGUUUGCGUCCCUUGCCUGAAGCUUCUUACAGAAUUUCUGCUUGGAGCAGGCUAAGCAUGCAGGGGUGAUAUAUUUGCAAUAAUGUGAACGUCCUCCUGUUUAAAUAAUCCUAGAUCCACCUCCGACGUGUAUACCACUAUGGCUGUAGUGUUAUCUUGAUGUCAUAUAGCAGAUGUAUAAGCAUGCAUGCAGAUUGUUGGAGGGUUCAGUGUGGCAUUAGUAUCACAUAGUCGAGCGACACAAAAUUGAAGUGUAUUGUAAUCUUAUGUCUGAAAUCGAUCAAAGUAUUUAUUUUGCUCAUUCUGAUGUAAUCCUAUAUAUCAAAUGCUUUUUGUGAUCAAAGUAUUCAUUUAAUCAUCCCUGGCUAAUAAUGAACCAUUGUGCUUUGAAUAUUCAUCCGUCCUUGUUAUUUAUUUUGCAUGUUGCUGUAUGGAAGUUCAGUCACCGUCAUGGCCCCUUGUCACAGUGCAAUCAAAACAUUAUGUUAACAAACCCCUAGAAGCAUUUCCUGCCAGGAUGGGUGCCCAGUACCUUAUGUUUGUCAGCUGACUAAAAUGGGGAUCAGGUGGCUCGGUGUUAUUGUACCCUGAUGGUGUUCAUGCUUUCAGUCACUGGUUUGCCUG